CGAAACACUUGCUGUUGCGAGAGUCUCACCUCUCAGCACAGCCUCAGCUGCGUUUCCAAAUCAUUCCCACGAGUCUUCCAUACAGACUAUCUCCCUCACCCCCUUCCCCUUUCGUUCUUUUUGUGCUCCAUCUACUUGCUCGCUUCUGUCCUCGCAACCCUCUCGCCUUCACGAUCCCAAUCCGAUACCGAGGGGUUUUUUCUUGCUCAGAAAUACCAAGUUUCCGGAUAUAAGCCAUCGCCAUAUUCCACCUGUCUGAUUCUCGACUAAGGAAUGAUUUCGUUCAUGAUACCGAGUAUUAGGAACAAUAUAAUCCUUCCAUAAUCCUAUUUCAUCUCCAACUCACUCCGUAUAUAUCCUCUCCAUCGACCCUAUCGUCUUUUUGUCCAUCCUGACCCCACCCGGACGGAAAGCAAUUCUAUUGCGGUGGCACGCGGUCAGCAAAGCAGCGGCACAGGUGUAUCCGGGGAGCAAAAAAAAAGAGAAGGGCGACUGCUUCUGUGGUGGAGGCACUGUGACGGCAAGAUGCAUAACAUCUACAAUCACCAGAGAUGGGUGGCCACCGCCCUUGCGGGGCUGUCGAUGCUAUGGCCGACGACAUUCGCCCAAACCAUUACGCCGUCGAACAGCUCGCAGGACUUAUACCCAGUCUCGACCUCCCCGAGGUUCAUCAUGAACGGCACCGAAUUCCCAGAUAUACCGCCGGUGCGGUUGGCUCCGCUGGGGAUAUAUGCCGAAAUGUCGCAUAACAACUUUAUCUCGGUCGACGUGCAAGGGCACCUGGUGAAUGUCAAUGCCGCCAAUGCCAACGACAUCACGGACGUGGACCAGUUCUCUUACAUGUCCUGUGACCCGGAAGCAUACAAUGGUGGCAACCUGGAUGCAAGUGAAGUCUUUCGCAUCGUGGUGAAUGCACCCCGCGCCAACAUUGUCAUUCUAUACAGUGAAACGAGUGAUCACUGCUCUGCGACUGGCCUCAGCAGUCUUCCGACCAUAGGUGGCAUCCUCACCACAACCGACACAAUGACAGCGUCCAGCCUUGCUAAGCUAGCUCUUAGUCAAGACAGUACCGGCACUGCUGCCAUUCUCCCCGAUCUAAACUCCUACACCAAUUCGUCCAGCGGUGGCUGGAACGGCAACGGCUCACUUGGCCAGUCUCCUACCACAGCAGUCGCAAUGAUUAUUCUGUACUCCAUCACUGGCGUCAUCACAGCCCUCUUCGUCGUCAUCAUUGUGACUGGAGCUAUUCGGGCACACAGGCAUCCAGAACGUUAUGGUCCUCGAAACAUAGUAGGCCGCGGCCGUCAGAGUCGCGCCAAGGGUAUCGCGAGAGCCAUGCUCGAAACCCUCCCCAUUGUCAAAUUCGGAGACCAUCAAGACCUUCCCACCACCAAGCAGCAAUCGACUGACAUCGAAAUGAACGCCGGCACCCCUCAAACCGAGACUGCAACCACCACCGAUCCCAUGGACACCACCAAAGCAAUAGAGGCUCCCGAAGUCAGUGCGGCAGACACAAACAGCACGACAAGUGUUGACCGAACAGGACCGCAUACACAAGCUGCUGUCGCAACGAGCAACCCCGAUGGAACCGACGCAGAGGGCCACCUAGGCUGUUCAAUAUGUACAGAGGAUUUCAACAAGGGCGAAGAAGUCCGGGUAUUACCUUGCAACCACAAGUUCCAUCCCGGCUGCGUUGACCCCUGGCUCCUGAAUGUCAGCGGCACGUGUCCAUUGUGUCGAAUCGAUCUCCGACCUCAAGGUCAAGGAGAAGGUGAAUCUGGUGAUGUAGAUGCUCAGACCCAAGCGCAGCGCACUGGGUCAGAUACCACCUUACCGCCUCCACUUGUGGCUGCGGCCACAGGGGCAAACGCCGAAGAAACCACACACCGAGCUGGCGGACGAAGAGAAAUGAUUGCGAAUCUGCGUCGCUUGGCCCACGGGUCAAGAGAAGAUCGGAUCGCGGCGUUGCGGCGAUUCAGGCAAGAGGGUAUAAGCUCAAAUGCGAGCGCUCCCGCGGCAGGCGCCGCCGGUGCACCUCGACAACAGUCGGAGGAGGAACAAUCAAGCCUCGCGAGACGCUUCAGGGAGCGCUUUAGGAUCCGCACCGAGCGAAGAGGCACCAGCAACAACUAACGGGUAUCAGAGUUCUGGUGUGGAACCAAAUGAACCAAGAACCAUGUGAUCUUGAGGGGCCGUCAUGUAUGACUUGUGUUAUAAGACGAUGCGAUGUUUAUGACUUUUUGGGGGAACUUUCUAUGGCGACGAAUAGGUUUGGGAUACGGAAAUGUAUGUAUGGAUCACGAAAAAGGCAACUUUUGGACAAGGCCAUUUUGGGUCAAGGGAUUAUUUGCAAAGCAUUGCAGGAGUUCUUUUGCAAGGGUUUUUUUUGCUUUCGGACCCGAAUGGAGGGAUUGUCUCGAUAUCUGGAUAGGUUGAGGUUCAUCUCACGUCGUCCAUGGAUCAUGGCCUGGUCUUGUAGGGCUGGCUUUUAUGCUUUUUGGGGGAAUCCGGGACUGGAGACUUGGGGACGAAAUAUGCUGUAUCAUGCAUGGUUGUCUCAGGUCAGAGGAAAGGUAUCUACAGAAUACUCAUAGAAUCAUGGUCGGUCAAUCAAGUCUCACACCUCAAUGAACAAACCAGAUUAUCUUGCUC